AUGAAGACCGUUUUUCUCCUGGGCACCGCUGACUCGAACGAAGCCCAGGCCAGCAUCACGAGAGAGAGCGAAAUCUUCCACGACAUCAUACAGAUGAAUUUCAGGGAUACUUACGAACAUCUUACCUUGAAGACUCUCUCCCUCCUCCACUGGGUCAAGACCUUCUGUCCAUCAGCCCGCUGGGUUCUUAAGAGCGAUGUGGAUAUCUUCGUCAACGCAUUUGAUCUCAGCCGCUUUCUGGAAAGCAGAGACGAAGACUUUGUUUGCAUCGUCCACCCUAAACCGAAGGUUUGCCACGAGCUCUCGGCCCACUGUCCUGCCAAAUGGGUUAUUCCUCGGGAAGUUUUUGCCAGAGAUUUCUACCCGCCAUAUUGCCGUGGUCCGGCCUACAUCAUCCGCACUGGAAUUGCACCACGACUCUUCCAGGCCGCUAACAAAACUCAUCCUUUCGUCAUGGAAGAUGCGUACUUCACUGGGAUUUUGGCAGAGCCCAUGAGCCCAAAAUAUUUUAACCUUGAGGGGGAUAAAUUCUCAUUCUUUCUAUGGGAUGUUGAUAAGUCCCUCGAGUCGCUUUCUUUCCUCCUGCUCAACAUCGAGAAUUUCAAAAAGAGAGAGCCGCCAACUCUAUGGAACCAAGUGCUGGAUAUCAAUGGGCUACCUAGACAAAAGGUACCUGGUAAGGCAUCUGAAAAAUGGUCUGAAGGUGCAUAA